AUGACUUCUUUGGAACAAGUGGUUGGACAACUCCUAGCGCGUCAACAAGAGGCUAUGGAAAAACAACACCAACUAAUGGAAAGACUGAUUAUUGCUACACAAGGAUCAACGGCAAGUAAUGUAAGUGGGUCAACAACACCUUCUGCAAGUGUAACUGCCCCAGAAGCCUUGAUGGACAUUUUAUCGAAAAAUAUACGUGAGUUUACCUACGAACCUGAAGAAAACCAGAUUUUCGGCACUUGGUACGAGCGCUAUGAAGAUGUUUUCCAGGUUGAUGCAGAUCAACUUGAUGAUGCUGCAAAAGUGAGGUUAUUGUUGAGAAAGGUUAGUAAUGGCGUUUUUAACAAAUACAAAGACUAUUUACUUCCAAAACAACCUCGUGACGUCACAUUCCAACAAACAGUGGACAUCUUGAAAAAACUUUUUGGAAGGAAAGAGAGUCUAUUCAGUACUCGUGUAAAAUGUAUAACAAAUGUAAAAAAAGAAGACGAAGACAUAAUCAGUUACGCAGCCAAAGUAAAUCGCCAUUGUGAAAAUUUUUUAAUAAAUAAAUGCACUGCGGAUAAUUUUAAAUGCCUUAUAUUUGUAAAUGGAUUGUCAUCGCAUAAGGAUCAAGAAUAUAAAGCGAGACUUUUGACUCUACUAGAGUCUGAAACGGAGCAAAAUCAAUUGAAUUUGGAUAAUUUAGUCGCUGAAGUGGAACGUAUCAACAGUCUUAAACGCGAUGUUUCAACAAAUGAAAAUCCAAAUGUCAACUCAGUUCAUAGUUCCAAGCAACGUACACCACAGAAUGCUAAUAAAGACCUAAAGCCAAGGCGACCGUGCUGGCAAUGUGGAAAUAUGCAUUUUGUCCGUGAUUGUGGUUAUACAACACACAAAUGCUCACAGUGUGGUAAAGUUGGACAUAAGGAAGGAUUUUGCUCAUGCUUUCCAGAUAAAAAGCCAAAUAUAAGCAAAAAUAAUCAGCAACAUCAAAAUAAAAGUAAUUUCAAGAAAACGCGUAAAACAAUAAAAAGCGUAUAUGCAACCACAGCAGCAUGUAAAAAUAGACGAUACAUUUCACUACAAAUUAACAAUGUAAAUCUCUCUCUUCAACAUGAUACUGGUUCGGAUGUCACGAUCAUCUCAAAUAAGAACUGGGUUAAAAUUGGUAAACCAACUUUAGAAAUUUCUCAGCACAAGCCAAGAGAUGCUUCUACAAAUGAAAUUAACAUAAUAGGUCAGUUUCAGUGUACAGUGGUUAUCAAUAAUCAAAACCAAACAUGCAACAUUUUGGUAUCAUCACUUCCUGAUUUAAAUCUUUUCGGUUCUGACUUAAUGGAACAAUUUAAAUUGUGGAACCAACCCAUUGAUUCUUAUACAUCGUGUAAACAACUUCAAGUUAACAACACACUCACAGAAUCUGAAUUGCGUAAAACAUACCCAGAAGUUUUUAGGAAUGAAAUUGGACACUGCACUCAUUUUAAAGUUCACCUACAACUUAAACCACAAGCUGUUCCUGUUUUUCGUCCUAAAAGGCAAGUAGCGUAUGCAGCAAAAGAUCAACUAGACAGUGAAAUUCAAAAACUUGAACGUGAAGGUAUCAUUUCACCAAUAAACCCAUUGUGGUGGUGA